GGCACGUUUGCUUCCUGGCACCUCUCUCACUCUGCUGUGGGACCUCCUUGCAGACAGAAGCGCUGCCUGAUUCCAGUGCAGACACGUUGGCCGUUGGCCGAGGGCUUGAGAGGUAAGGUUGCAUGAUCCAGAGCUCAGCUCCAGACCUGGCCUUCUGGGGAGACCCUCACAUGCUUACUUCCCAGGACACUGUACUGGAAAUUAAGUCAGGGACCUGCUGGUGCAAAGAAGACGUGUUGAGGAUAGUUGCAUUUCUCUGUUUUCUGGGUUUUGUCUGAAUCAGGUGGUCUGCAGAUUGGGAGGAGCCCUACUCAUUGGAACCUUUCCCUGCAAGACAAAGCAAUUCACAAGCUGCAACAUGCCCUCCGUGUUUGAGAGCACUGUCAAGAAACUGGUCAACGAGAUUGGAGACAAAGAACUCAGGCCCGUCUCAGGUGUCACGAAUGCUGACACAAUACGUCGGUUUUCUCUAAUACGGAGGAAGAAGUCUUCCUCACUGUUUUGGACAGUAUCUGAUGUUCCAGUUGACAUCUCCCUCAAGGACAUCCUCGAACCAAGUGGCGUGGUCCCAGAUGCUGCUGUGGAAACUCGACACCUCUGUGGCUACAAUGAGUUGUGGAAACAGAAUGUGGCUACGAGUGUGAAUGCUGGGGCAAAAGCGAGCAUCUCGGAGGAGACCUGUAGCUGCCAAGGAUCCUCCAUUGAUUAUAAGAUUGUUAGAACGCCAUACAAAACCUGGACAGAACUUCAGAAGUGGAAAGUGAUGGACCCAGAGCCCUCAUUUCUGAAGGAGUGCCGGAGAAGAGAGAACAAUGUCUAUGUGGUGACUGACGUCGUAGAGCUGUGUGAGAGUUGUGUAAUGGAGGAUCACAGCAGCAUGAAUGUUUCGGGAGCUCUCUCUUUCUUUGUGAAGCCUUUUGCCAAGGUUGAAGGAGGGGCUGGGGCUCUCCAGGUGAGCGAGAGGAAGCAUACUGUGCCAAAGGGCUCGGUGAUGGCCUAUAAAAGGAAGCAGCUGGUGUUCAGGAAGAACAGCUGGGAGAUUCUUCUCGUCUCAGAUGCUGAAGAGGAAACCUUUCCAGUAGGUGAGUUGAGCAGAUUAUCUGCUUAGACCUCAGGCCCCACUGAGCCCAUGACCCACUUUGGACCUUAUAAAAACCCUGCUGGGGCUCACCCCGACACGCCCACAGGCAGACCUU